AUGAAGGCGAAUUACUUUUAUGCUGUGGCAUCUCUAGCAAGGCUAGCGCUGACGUCGGAAUCCCAACAACCCUUGAUUGGACAAUUCAACGGCGAUAACGUGAAAUCCCCAAGCGUGAACUUAGAGGCAAUUAUCGAUGCAUCUCCGCUCUUAUCAUUCCACAGAGACAUUGUGCAAAUUCCGUCAAUCAGCGAAGACGAGAAAAGCGUUGGAAACUUCCUCUUGGCCUUCAUCCGCUCACACAAUCUAACUGUCGAGAAACAAAUUGUCACUCCAGAGAGUGACACCGAGCAAGAAAGAUUCAAUAUUUAUGCCUACACUGGGAAGGACAGAUUUCCCGAUGUUCUACUCACCAGCCAUAUCGAUACUGUCCCACCUUUCAUCCCUUACUCGCUCCAUCCACCAGCCACAGAUAACGCAGACGAUCUCACAUUCAAUCGAUCAGACCUGGUUAUCGCUGGUCGCGGCACGGUUGAUGCCAAAGCCAGUGUCUCAGCCAUACUAUUUGCUGCACUGGAAACACUGGACGUUAAUCCCGACGCCUCAAUCGGGCUGUUGUUUGACGUCGGCGAGGAGAAAAGUGGCGUUGGAAUGAAACAUUUCUCAAACUCCGAUCUCAACCCCUCACCACCUACAUUUCACACCGUCAUAUUUGGAGAGCCUACAGAGCUUAAGCUUGUCGCGGGCCACAAAGGCACUCUUGGGUUCAAGGUUGUUGCUGAAGGAAAAGCCGCGCAUUCGGGUUACCCAUGGCUCGGGAAAAGCGCGAUCUCUUCGAUCCUUCCUGUUCUAUCUUAUCUCGAUACCCUGCAAGAUGUCCAGCCGGAGAAAGGUGGACUUCUCCGUAGUGAGACGUUUGGUCAAUCGACAUUGAACAUUGGGGUCGUGCGCGCUGGGUUAGCUGGAAAUGUUGUUCCUGCAUAUGCCGAGGCGACGAUUUCAGUUCGUCUCGCGGCUGGAAAUCCAGAUGACACGAGAGAGAUUGUGAGGAAGGCGGUCGAAGAUGUUACCGGUGGUGAUGGAAGCGUCUAUCUCGACUUCGGGAACCUCGAGAAUGGCGCUCCACCUCAAUAUCUCGAUUUUGACGUCGAUGGGUUUGAUGUGAUUACUGUGAACUACGGGACUGAUAUUCCUGCAUUGAAGAUCAAUGCCCAAGAAGGUCCAAAAGUGAAGCGGUAUCUCUACGGGCCCGGUAGUAUUCAUGUUGCCCAUGGGGAUGACGAGGCAAUCACCGUGGGAGAGCUCGAAGAGGCGGUGCGAGGAUACAAAAAGUUAAUCUCAGCCGCGCUGGGUGCCCAUUAG